UUAUUGUUUAACCAGGAACACACACACACACAGACUCUUACACACACACACACACACACACACUGCCGUACUGAUCAGUCCAGGAAGUGUGACGGUGUUUUCCUGCAGGUGAACUAAAGCAGCUUCCUGUCAUGGAUCUCGGUCGCCAUGGAGACGACCACUCCGUCGAGGGCGAGCGGAGCGUUCUUGCGCUGAACGUGUUGUUGCUCGGAGACAAGCAGAGUGGGAGGAGCUCCGUGGGGAACGCUCUGAUUGGUGUCGACGGAUUCCAAACAGGCAUCUGCGUUUCCGGCGUUGCCGUCACGACAGAAUCCCGGCUGCUCAGCAGAAACUUUCAGAGUUUUUUCAGGAGAAAAGGGGUGGAGUCAGACCUCACGCUGAGAGUGGUCGACACGCCUCCUCGGUUGCCCCGCCCACAAAGUGUGCUUGAGCUGUGUCCCGACGGCGUGCACGUGCUCGUGAUUGUCGUGAGGGCCGACCUGCUGCAGGACGACACACACCUUGAGGAGCACGUGGAGACUCUCUUUGGUCCAGACUGGCGUCGCCACGCCUUACUGGUCUUCACGCACGCCAACCACCUGAAGGGGGCGGAGCUUCAGCCGUCAGAGUACCUAACGCAGUCCAGCAGUUGGUUGAGAGCUCUGGCUGACGAGGCAGGAGGCGGAGUCUCGUUCCUGGACAACAGCUGCGAUUGGGCUUCGAUCCGAGGACGACCGCUCAGGGAUCGGCUGCUCCGCCUCUCAGCAGGGAAUCACCACGAAGCCCUGAGGGUUCGGACGGAGGUCUGAUCCUCAUCCUGACGGAGGUCUGAUCCUGACGGAGGUCUGAUCCUCAGUACCCAAAACUAACGAUAACUGUUAUUUUUGAGGGUUCUAAAUGAAACCUUUGGAAUGUUCUCCUCUGGUUGGGUUCUUCUAAGAACCCUCACUAAGGUGUUAAGUGUUCUACCAAGAACCUCAUGAAGUUAGUAACUUUAUUUAGAAUAAAGUCUCAGAUAUGACUUAUUUAAAUAAUGUAUGAGUUUUAUUUUGGUAGUACACAUUGUAUUGUAUUGUAACUUUAAACUCUUAUACAAACAACUCAAGUCAACAGCUGAUUGUGUUUUUCGUUUUUAAAUCAAUAAACAACACUGAUGUAACUUCAA